GCUGCUCCUCAGGAAAGUCCGGGGCCUCAGGCCCGGCGAUGGGCUCGGAGAGGCCCCGCUGGGCGGCGGCGGGGGGCGGCCCCAGGAAGGUCACCCACCCGGUGAAAGCCGUGCUGGCAGGUGGAAUUGCUGGUGGAAUUGAAAUUUGUAUCACAUUUCCAACCGAGUACGUGAAAACACAGUUACAGCUUGAUGAGCGUGCAAAUCCUCCACGUUAUAAAGGCAUUGGUGACUGUAUCCGAGUGACCGUCCGGGAUCACGGGCCUAAAGGACUUUACCGUGGCCUCAGCUCCCUCCUGUAUGGUUCCAUUCCAAAAUCAGCUGUCAGGUUUGGGACGUUUGAAUUUCUACAUGACAGAAUGGUUGAUGCGAAUGGGAAGCUGAGCCGUGGGAAGAGCUUUCUGUGCGGCUUGGGAGCUGGAAUCGCUGAAGCUGUGUUUGUUGUGUGCCCUAUGGAGACAGUAAAGGUGAAGUUUAUUCAUGACCAAUGUUCACCCAAUCCUAAAUACCAUGGGUUUUUCCAUGGUGUCCGAGAGAUUAUUCAGGAACAAGGUUUUCGAGGGACGUACCAGGGGGUGACAGCUACCGUCCUCAAACAGGGCUCAAACCAAGCAAUUCGCUUCUUUGUGAUGACCACACUACGCAACUGGUAUAAAGGUGACGAGCUGCACAAACCAAUCAAUCCAUUUGUCACAGCAGCGUUUGGAGUUACUGCUGGAGCAGCUAGUGUUUUUGGGAAUACUCCUCUGGAUGUCAUAAAGACAAGGAUGCAGGGCCUUGAGUCUUUGAAGUACAGGAAUACUUUGGAUUGUGCACUUCAGAUCUUUAAAACAGAGGGGUUAUUUGCGUUCUACAAAGGAACAAUCCCACGUUUGGGCAGAGUGUGUCUGGAUGUGGCCAUUGUCUUUGUUAUUUACGAAGAGGUUGUCAAAAUUCUCAACAUGAUCUGGAAGACUGACUAAGGAGAGUUACACACACACAGCACAGCCUGACCCUGACAUCUCUCUCUCUCUCUCUCUCUCAUGUUCAGGUCUACACCAUCAGGGCAACCUUCCUGUCCCCUUCACUUGCCAAAGUGCAUCAUAACCAGGUUAAAGUAGACUAGUUAAUGACCAGACUUGACAUUGUGGAUGUUUGGGGGAUGUUUGAUGUAGGGAAAUGCCAGGGGGUUAAUUAUUUCCCUUUGCUCAUCUAUUCCCAAUGUUUCUCUCCCUUAUCCCUUUUCCUGUGGGAUGUAUAUUUGUAAGGUGUCCCUGUUCUUUGACUUUUUUGGGAUGGUUUGCUCCUGAGAGCUGGAUCGGAGGGGCCUGGCCAUGGUGAAGCAGCUCCACUCUGUGCCUUACACUGUGUCAAACCUGCGACUGAUCCUGUUCUCAUCAUCCUCCUUCAAGGGCUUUUAUAUGGUUUGUUUAAAAGUGUUUUUCCUGCAUCCUACAGGGACUGUGUUUUUAAAACAAUUAGUAUGCAUAUUGAAUUUUAUAAAUACAGAAUUGGAGUUGGGUCAGUCCAAUGGCCCAGUCUCUCUGGUGCCAUCACCACUACUACUUGGUGUUUCUGGUAGGGAUCUCUCUCUCUCUCCGAUGUGUUCACAGACGAUCCUUUGUGCUGCAGUUUUCCCAUGGUCAGCAUUUGGUUUCGUGGAAUCACUGGGGGUCACAGGAAGCCCAUUCAUCAGUGGGACCCGGGUGAACAACUGGCUGAUGUAGUCUUCUUUGAUUCUGUCAUGGGAUGUGGGCACUGCUGACCAGGCCUAGCAUUUAUUGCCUGUCCCUAAUUGCCCAAGGGGCAAGUAAGAGUCCACCACAUUACUGUGGGUCUGGAGUCACAUGGGGACCAGACCAACUAAGGACAGAAGAUUCCUUCCCUAAAGAACAUCAGUGAGUCAGAUGGGUGGUUCUGGACAAUUGAUAGUGGUUGCUUGGUCAGCAUUAGGUUAGAACUUUUAUUCCAGGUGCUGUUUGAAUUCAUGUUACACCACCUGCUGUGGUGAGAUUCAAAUCUGUGUCCCCAGAACAUGUGGUUUGGGUUUCUAACUUGGGAGGCUACUGUGUCCCUGUCACAGUCUCAACAAUACGUUCUAGUACCAUCUGGCUAAAUGUGUUGGAUUCUCUGCAACACAGUGAUGAAAUGUACCACCACACUUUUAUAUACAGGGCAAGACAGGUCUGGUUAAUGCUGAAGAAUACCCUCUGCUCUGAUCCAGCUACAGUCUGGACACAAGCCCUGUGACAUUAUCAGGGAGCUGCACACUUAUUGUUUAUUCAUUCUUCAUCAAUGUUUUUACAAUUCUUAUUCAGUAAAUGAAAUCAGCUGAUUUGAGCGGGAUAUAUUUCAUGACCAGGUUCAGAGGAAUGUGGAUCUUGCUGGGAAAAGGCUGACUGAUUACUAGCCCCCAUGAGCAGGGGGGGUGGGGGGCAGUGAAUUGUUCAUUCUGUCCAGCCAAAGUCACAGCCAAUCAGAAAGGUAUUGCUCUGUGAUUGUAUUGGAUGGGGGAGAUGUGUUUCUGUCAGGGUGAUUUGUGAUUUGAGGGUGACAGCGUUCCUGUGAGUUGGCCGCUGUGAACCAUCAUCCAUUGGUCAUACUGGACAGUAUUGUGGCCUGUGAACAUAUAAGAUAUUGUCAUUGUUGCUGACUGUUCUCUAUACAGAUUAUUA